AUGUGUCAGUGCGGAAGAAAGGAUUCUGAUAACCCUAAGUGCUUCCAGGAUCAAACGUUGGAUAGAAAUGGACGUCUUAAUAUUCCUUUACCUUCCAAACUUCCUAAUGACCAAUCUAACUAUGAAUUUCCAUACUAUUUUAUUGGGGAUGAGGCAUUUCCCCUUCUAUCUUACUUGAUGAGACCAUAUCCCCAAAGAACCUUGAAUGACUUGAGAAGGGCAACCUCCGUAGUAGCGCAAAUCACGGACUCCGGGAGAGCAGUAGCGGCAAGUGGCCUUGCGGCAGCAUCAUACGAUAUUUUCGCUCUAAGCGUUAAUGCGGAAGACUAUUUCAAGUCUCAGGGUCAGCCCGCCGCCCGUCACCCAUCGACGCGGACGCCGCUAUUCACUCACGUGCCCGUCUCAGGUUUCCAAUGA